CUCAGGAAAAUAGAAUCUGAAUACAAAUAGGGUCUAGAAUUUAUAAUGAUAUUAAGUUAUACCCCUAGAUUCUUUAUUAACAUAUAAAUAGAUCUCGAAUUAACAGACAAUAGAUUUAUUGGACAUAUUUUAGAAGGUACAACAUUAGCAAAAGACUGCUAAAUGUGAGACCUUUUUAUAGUCUAGAUUUUUAGUUGUUUUAGGGCAGGAUUUUAAUUGAUGAAGUCAUCAUCCCUUUGAAUUGAUAUGCAUGCACAGAGUUAUUUAUAAUGUAAUUGUGUUAUGGAUCAUCUGUUUUGAUAUCUCUGGUCAUGAGCCAUAUAAUGGAGAAAACUUUAGCGGCCCUUCCCAAGCUGCUUACACAGACCUUAAUUGGUGGAAAGUCUGUCAAAUCUCCAGUGCAGCAGGUUCCAAACAAGGAGGUGCAGAUGUUCAUGAGCUUUGUUCACCGAGCUAGAUCCAAGACACAUGAGGCUGCUAUUGUGCAUUCAGAAUUAACAUCAAUACAGCAAAAAUUGAAGCAGGCUAACCAAUCUGCAACAUCUAGUGUUAUUAAAAACUCUUUUACCAAGGCCAUUUUUUGUCAUCUUCUAGGAUAUGAUGUGAGCUUCAUAGUUAUCUAUGCUGUCAAUCUUACCCAACAAGGGAAGGGUUAUGAUAAGCGUUUAGGGUAUUUACUUUGCUGCCUCCUGCUGCAUCCUCACCACGAAAUGGUCAUUUUAAUUAUGGCCACUCUGCUGAGAGAUUUGAAGAGCUCCAGCAUGGGAGACAACUGCUUAGCCCUUCUGGUGGCAGGUCAGCUCGUCAGUGAGGAGAAUGUGCCAACAAUUUUACCAGAAGUCAUGAAGAAGCUGAACCACUCAAGUGAUCUAGUCAAAGAGAAAGCACUUUAUUGUCUAAGGGCUUUCUAUCAAUGUGCUCCUGCAUUGAUGCAGUCAUCAGUAUCUCAUUUAAGUAAUUUUUUAGAAUCAAGAGACCCUGGAGUGCUUUCAGCUACAGUGAAUAUAUUUUUGUUACUCAUUAGUGAUGAUCCAUCUAGGUAUAUUUCAUUGGCCAGUAGCUUCUUACAUAUACUUCAGCAAAUUGGUGAGAGAGGAUUUGGUUCUAGUUACUAUUAUCAUAUGGUACCACUGCCAUGGCUGCAGAUAAACUUGUUAAAAAUUUUAGGACAUUUAGGCUCUGUUGAUCCAAAACUACAAGAACCUAUUUCAGCUAAGCUCCAAAUGCUGAUUGAAAAAACUAAAGUCACGGAAUCAAUAUCCCUGGCUAUUCUCGUUGAAAGUGUGCUUACCGCUACAAAAAUAAAUGCCAAUGACAACUUGCUGCAGCUCUGCUCCCGCUGUAUUGGCAAGCUGUUAUCACCAGAGGCCGGUAAUGCUAUGAGAUAUCAAGGUUUAGGACUUCUAAUAUCCCUGUCCAAAGUGAAAGUCACCUUCACGGUGCAGCAUCAGAUGGCUGUGAUUGAUUGCUUGUCUGAUGAUGAUCCUUCUAUCCAGCUUCGAACAACAUAUCUGCUUCACACCAUGGCAAACAAAUCCAACAUCAAAGCUAUAUGUGUCAAACUGUUUGAACAGGCUCACAAAACUAGCGACAAGGUGCUCAUCAUGGACAUGGUGCACAUGAUCAGUGACCUGGCAGAAAGGAUGUCCCCUAGUAUUGACUGGUAUAUUGAAACCUGUUUCAAAAUUUUUGAACUAAAAAAUGGCUCUGUAGAUCAUGAUCAUUUCACUGAGCUUGUUAUAUCCAGAAUAGAGAAAACGUUACUGGCGGAGCAACACAUUCCAGAUGAAGCCUUAAAGAAUUUCAUAACUCACAUUCUACAUGCACUUGAGAAGCAUACCCCUUCACACCCAUCAUUUGUACUGUCUGUUCGCCUUGUUGGAGCUUUUGCUCCACAACUUGGUUCCAAUUUACCAGCCCAUUCAUUUUUAGAGACUGUUGAAAAACUGCUGAUAAUGCAAGAUGCAGCUAAUGUAAUGGCCCAGCAAAACACUGUGCCUGAAAUAUCUGCUACAAACAGUGUUGAUUCUUUGCAAGGGACGGAAAGCUAUGAUCUGAGUCGAGUGAAGUGUUACUGCUUGACAAGUACAAUGAAACUUAUUCUAGCAGGUUGUUUGGAUGUGUUGACUUUUAAGAUGUGGUUUUAUAAACAUGAUUACAGAAAACUUGCCAAAGAUGCCAAUGUUAUCUGCUAUCUGGAUGAGCUUGAGGAGCUCAUUCAGCACACUGAAUCAUUAGAUAUGAGAUCAAAGGUCAUGUUUCAUCCUGACCAAGCAGAGAUAGACUUGUCAUUAUCAUUUCUUGACUUAUUGGUGGUGCAAGAAUUAUUACAAGACAAAGAACCUUAUAAACCUGCAUACAUUAAAUCCAUAGAUGAGCUUUUGAGUUUCAAAAUUGAUCCUCUGCAUACAGAUACCUCUGCUUCAAAUGUUGAAACUGAAAAGUUGUUACAAAGCAGGGCUUCUUCUGUAGUUCCAGGCUUACAAACCAAGUCAGUAUUUAAAAAUAAAUGGCGUGAUGAUGAGAGUGAAGAUCAAUAUCUUGAGAUGAAUGAAGAUCCAACAGAUGAAUUAGACAUAAUCAAUAAGAGAAAAGAAGAUUUGGCUAAAGAACUGUUCAGUGGUCUCAGUGAAUCAAGUCCAACUUUGUCUAACAUGCCAGUAAAAAAUGUCAAGCUAAGCAAUAGACAGUUAUGGGAGGAUAAUGAAGAUACUGGCUUGCAUUUAAACCCUUUUGGCCUAACACGUAAAGCUAGAUCGCCUCAGAGUCAACGUUGGUUUGAUGAAGAUCUGGAGAAUGAUAAUAUGACUUUGUUUGGCUUGGAUAACUUCAUAUCUUGUCAAUCAGAGAAAAUAGAUAGUCCAGCUAACGAUUCACUUUAUGUGGAAGGCUUAGCCCUCCAUAAUUUGUCUAUGGGAAGUGGUAAUUCUAACUACCUAGGUGACUCCUGGGUACCAGGCUCUGGUGCCAUGUCUGUGUCCACAGUUGAUACACUCACAGACAGUGACCCAGACAACACUGAGUCUUAAAUGUUUCAUGGUCAUAACAAAUUGAACUGUUGAGCAGAAACUAAAUGCUCACUUGGUAAAAACAAUCUUUGUUUGGAAAUUAAUUUUUUUUUUAAACACUUUUCUAAGAAAAGUGAUAUCUCGAAGAAUUGUUUAAUUUUUUUGAAUUGAAAAAUACUUUGUCUAAAUUAUUAAAAAAAAAAGCCAAUUCCAACCUUCACGAUGUCAACUAUUAUAUUAGAUAUUGUGGCAUGAAUUCUUUAAAUUGAUAAAAGCAAUAAAUACACAGAUUGUACAAAUCUGAUUUUCAACAUUGUCUUUUUUAAAGAUAAGAACAUGCUAAGUAUAACACAAUUUACUUUUUUUUUUUU